GUAGCUGCUCCAGGAACAAUCAUCACAAACCUGACGCUGUUUUUGAUCGCCAUCAUCAUAGGAUUUGCAGGAAACGCAAAAGUUUGUUAUAUUUUCGUUCAGCGUCGCGACCUACGAAAGGUUCCCCACUUUUUAUUCGCCAGUUUAGCAGUUAAUGGAAUCAUUUCAUCUGUCUUCAGUCUGCCUUCUCGCUUAGCAAUGCUCGCCUUUGCUAGACUAGACAAGAUAGAUUACGCUAAACCCGCUUUUUAUAUCGCGGUAUCGAGUAGCUUUCUUUGCGCAGUUGUCAAUUGUGUGACCUUAUCUCUAAUGGCAAUUGAUCGACAAGAUUGUGUCCUGCGUCCGUUUAACCGACGCAUGAAGCCAAGUAAUAUGAAAUUUAUCAUAGCGGGAAAAUGGAUAGGUGCUCUAUUUUUAACUUCAGUUUUAUUUUUUAUUGUUUUGUCUACAUUUAGCCUCGGAACUUAUUUUUCCAAGUUGUCAGACCUGACGCACAACGCCAUUUUUAUCUAUUAUAUCAUGGGCAACGUUUUAAAUGCGGUUACCUUAAUUAUCGUUAUUGUAACCGCUAUUCGCGUUAUCAGAACGAUUCGCUCGUCCACUUUGCCUGAUGCAGCGAGUCUUCACAGGCGACAAGAAAACAAACUGACAUGGCUGACUUAUAAGAUCAGUGGUGUGUGUGUCGCUUGUUGGGUGCCACAGUUUAUUUGCUCUGGUUUAUUAGCUUCAGGUUUUCAUAGGGACAUUAUUUUAAAAAGCGCAUUGGUGAUAACAUCAACCGUUGGAUAUUACAACUAUGUUUUGAAUCCUCUGAUUUAUUAUGGUAUACUGAAAGAGAGGCCG